AUGGCCUCCUCCAUCCUCCAACUGUCUCCGCAUCAAUCAGACAACUCAUCUCCCCCCAACCACAUCCAACUCCACCCAGAAGACCCAUCUGAUUCAACCACCAAGGUCGCAUACGACCUCCGUCGGCUCAAAGUCUACUCAUCCUGCCUCCGCUGCCGCACAAAGAAAGUAAAGUGUGAUCGCAAAGAACCCUGCUCCCGCUGCCAAAAACACAACGUCGAGUGCUCCUACCGUGAACUCACCUCCGUCCAGCUCGACAUUCGCCAGUUCCAGCGACACCUCAACAGCCCCAAAAUCAGAAAGGACGGCGCCGGCAUCAUCACCGCAACCGCCACUCCCGUCAUCGCCUCUUCUUCUCAUGCCUCUCCCUCCAACUCGCUCUCUCCAGCCCCUGCUGCUUCUUCGUCUACAAUUACCUUUUCCUCCGCCCAUACGCCCCCAAUAAUCCACUUCAACAUCCACAACAAUAAUAAUAACAACAAUAGUAAUUGCCCGGUCGAUUAUACCGCCGAUGCUAUCCCUCCUUCGUCUACCUCGCCAUCAACAAGCAAGACCAACAGCAACAGCAACAGCCCCUCAGUCCGGAAAGGGAUGAUGAUGACAAAAUCCGACUCGUCGUCCAUCAACUCUUGUAUCGACGCAGAGUCCUGUGCCAACCUCCUCCUUGCAGUCUCGGCCAAGAACAUCAACACCAAGACAACAGCCGCAACAACAGGACCAACAGCUAUUGACCGUGUCCGCAUCCACAAAAUCCACCGUCGCAAGCUCUCGUCCAAACCAACAAAGCCUGUACCCGACUGUAUCUACGGGAACAGCAGCAUGUGUAUGGAACUCUCGGACAUCAACGAUCACGUUGAUAAGGUGAAGCUCUCGGAUUCUUCGCCAUCACGCCCCUCCCCUCCUCCUAUCGCAACCUCAAACCCAGCCUCCGUCUCCGUCUCCGUCGCCGCCCCUGCCUACAGACGCUUCUCCUCCGACAGUGAUGAUAUCGAGGACGACAAUGCCAAUGUGCCCAUCUGGCGGGCCCAGGCAGUUGGCAAACAUACCCAGACCGUCCACGAACAGGACAUGGCCGAGGCAUUUGGCCUGGCUGCCUACCUCAAGGCCAAGGAGAUGGAGAUCUCCCAGGACCCCGGUCGUGCUGGCCAGACCAUCGAUUACGAGAAGGAACUGGAGCGCGCCUUGGCGCAGCGGAUGCCAUCGUCCUUCUCUCGACCUGACCGCUCGCGCUCACGUGCAGAGAAGAAUGGUCAGCCAGCCUACAACCAGGCCACGCCCUACGCCCGUCCCUCCUACUGCCAGCUCUCCCCUUCCCCCUCGUCCUCGGCAUCUGCCAGAGCAGGUUCGCCUUCCAGCAAUAAUGCUGCUUCUUACACCCAGCAGCAGCCACCGCCUACGGCUCAGUGCUGCUGUCAGAUCGCCGCUAUGCAAGGUCAGGCCCUUGGGUCUUGCCCUUACUCGAAUGUGAGCCACGGUGGAUAUGAGAAUAGCCACAGCAAACCUAUGCUUGCCUCUCCACCUCAGUCCACCCGGUCUGCAACGGUCGAGCAUGACGAAUCGGCUCGCAUCGCCUAUUCCCCCUCCUACUCGCCCUCCUACGUCCCCAGGGACACCGCCUCAGUCUCAGAGUCGACAACAACAUCAUCAUUAUCGUCGUUCUUUACGUUGCCGCAACUUAAGAUCUCUUCCAACUGGCCCCCUUCUUCAGGAACAAAGCUGCCCUCGAUGCUUACUUCCCCUACGUCGCCCUGCUCUCCUCCGAUGAGGAUGGAUCUCUCAUCGCCAAGAACCGAAUUGGCCCCCAUCCGUCUCCCUGUCUCUGCCCCUGCCCCUGUCUCUGCAUCUAGUCAGUUUGAGGUCGGAAGGGACGAUGCGGAACCUGUCCAGAUCGACUGCAAGUACAACGAGCCCAACGUCGAUGCCUGGGACAUGAUCGAGAAGCCCAUCUCACGGACUGUCCCAUUAACCACCAAACGUGGCCGUUCCAUCAAGAUGGAGAUGGGCUGGAUCCUUUCUUAA